UUACCCACAGCAGACAAGGAUUUGGCGCCGUGACUCAGCGGGGGGAGGAGGAGGAGGAGGAGCAGCGCCAGCUGGUGGUGAGGGCCGAGCCCAGCCCACAGUGAGCAGCCAGGAAUUCCCCAAACUCCUGGGAAUGGCCGGGGGACGCCGGGGUCCCAACAGAACCUCCUACUGCCGGAACCCCCUGUGCGAGCCCGGAGCUGCCGGAGCCUCCGGACACUCCUCGGGCUCCUCCGUCACCGGCGUGCGCUCCCGGACCAGGAGUGGCUCAGGGACAGGCCUGUCCAGCCCCCCUCUGGCAGCUCAGACAGUCGUUCCCCUGCGGCACUGCAAGAUCCCCGAGCUGCCCGUGGAGAGGAGCGUCCUGUUCGAGCUGCAGCUCUUCUUCUGCCACCUCGUCGCCCUCUUCGUCCACUACAUCAACAUCUACAAGACAGUGUGGUGGUACCCGCCCUCCCACCCUCCUUCUCACACGUCCCUGAACUUUCACCUCAUUGACUUCAACGUGCUGACGGUGACAACCAUCGUGCUGGCACGGCGGCUCAUCGGUGCUGUGGUCAAGGAGGCUUCCCAGAGUGGCAAAGUCUCCCUGCCACGCUCCAUCUUCCUGGUGGUCACUCGCUUCGCCGUCCUCACGGGCACAGGCUGGAGUUUGUGUCGCUCCAUCAUCCACCUCUUCAGGACCUACUCAUUCCUCAACCUCCUGUUCCUGUGCUACCCGUUUGGGAUGUACAUCCCCUUCCUCCAGCUGAACUGUGACUUUCGGAAGGCAGGGCUCUUCGCCCAGGUGGCCAACAUUGGCCCCAGGGACACAGGGGAGGUGACAGCCCGGGGCAGGGACUACCUGACAGUGCUCAAGGAGACCUGGAAGCAGCACACGAGGCAGAUGUACGGCAUGGAGGCCAUGCCCAGCCAUGCCUGCUGCCUCUCCCCAGACCUCAUCCGCAACGAGGUGGAAUUCCUGAAAAUGGAUUUCAACUGGCGCAUGAAGGAGGUGCUGGUGAGCUCCAUGCUCAGUGCCUACUACGUGGCCUUUGUGCCUGUGUGGUUUGUCAAGAACACUCAGUACUACGACAAACGCUGGUCCUGUGAGCUCUUCCUGCUGGUUUCCAUCAGCACCUCGGUGAUCCUCAUGCAGUACCUGCUCCCUGCACGAUACUGUGACCUGCUCCACAAAGCUGCAGCACACCUCGGCUGCUGGCAGAAGGUGGAUCCGGCCCUCUGCUCCAACGUGCUGCAGCACCAGUGGACUGAGGAGUGCAUGUGGCCUCAGGGGGUGCUGGUGAAGCACAGCAAGAACGUCUACAAGGCCGUGGGUCACUACAACGUGGCCGUGCCCUCGGACGUCUCGCACUUCAGGUUCCACUUCUUUUUCAGCAAACCACUGCGAAUCCUCAACAUCUUGAUCCUGCUGGAAGGAGCUGUCAUCUUCUACCAGCUCUACUCGCUGAUUUCCUCGGAGAAGUGGCACCAGACGAUCUCACUGGCUCUGAUCCUCUUCAGCAAUUACUACGCCUUCUUCAAACUGCUGCGGGACCGGCUGGUGCUGGGCAAAGCCUACUCCUAUGCUGCCAGCAGGGACUCAGAGCAGAAGUUAAAUUAAAACAAUUGCACUGAUGCUCUCAGCAUAUUACAGAGCAAACAAAAACAAGAAACCCUCAGAGCUUUGUAUUUUUGUUACCACUGCUUUUUUUUUGUUGUCGUUUUCUUUGAUAACUGAUGUAAUUAAAAGGAAAAAAAAAAAACAAAACAUAUUUUUUUACUCCCAA